AGAGCAGCCAGGCUCAAUGAAUUUGAUGACUUUCUCAACGUUUUUAUUCAUUUCAUUGGAAGGCCUUAUUUUCACUUCUAAAUUUUUUUCCGUCAAAAAUAAGAUUCCUGUAAAUUUAUCAACACCUGGAUAUCGAUACCUCCUGGUUCUGUGCAAUAUCGCAACCUGCAAAUGCUUUUCUGCCCUCGUUGUUAAAUGCAAGCUGAUCCUGGUGACUGGAUUUGAGUGUUUUCGCAGCAACGAAAUAUUGCUGGCGAAGGGUUCAAGAACUGCAGUGGUUUGCAGCGUGUAGCA